AUGAAGUGCUCUACCAUCAUCGCCGCCUCCUCCUUGGCCCUCGUGUCAGCAGGAAACUGCAGCCUCCCCCAAAUCAACCUGGGUCACUUCUCCUUCCCUCAUACCAAUAUGUUCGUCGCCUGGUCGCCCUACACACCGACCACGAUCCAGGAGCUCGAUGACGUUUGCGUCAAGGCGGGCGCCAUCAAGGGUACUGCUACGUGGACCGCCGUCCGCACCGCGAGCACUUACACGUCGGGACCCAUCUGCGGAAACCCCUUCAACAUCACGAGCGAUGAGACGGGCGUCACGUAUCGCAACCUCGAAUUAGCUUGCAGCGACGACAACAGCGAAGGACUGGCGACGCAGGUCACUGCUAUUGUGGACGCGACGUCCCAGACUACUGUUCAGACAUGCACGCCUGUGCUGGUGGAUGGUCAGCCGUUCCGCUUGGGCGAUGGUUGCUCCAACUAUCGCGGCAGCUCUCUGUCUUUCGACUUUGCUUGUUCUUCAUAA